GCAGAGGAGUAAACGUGACAUCACCGAAAUCAAUGGCGAGCAAUCUCCCUGCCCCGCGCACCACCGCCUCCCCUGCCCACCUCUUCGCCGCCGUGGACAUGGGUACCAACUCCUUCAAGCUCCUCAUCGUCCGCGCCGAUCCCUCCACCGGUCGCUUCCUUACCCUUGACCGCCUCAAAGAGCCCGUCCUCCUCGGCCGCGACACCCCCUCAGCCACCAUUUCCUCCGCCUCCCAACUUCGAGCCAUCGACACCCUCUGUAAAUUCCAACGCGUCCUUCAAUCACACCAUAUCCCUCCCUCCCACUCACACUUCGUCGCCACUUCUGCUGUACGCGAAGCCUCAAACCAGUUGGAAUUUAUCGGUGCGAUCCAUCAAACCCUAGGGUUUGAAAUUGAUGUAUUGUCGGGUUUGGAGGAAGCCCGUUUGAUAUAUAUGGGAGUUCUUCAAUUUCAUCCAGUUUACAGCAAAACAGUUCUUACUAUUGAUAUUGGAGGUGGGUCAACUGAAUUUGUUAUUGGAAAAGAAGGCAAGGUGUUGUUUGGAAGUUCCGUGAAAUUGGGGCAUGUGACUCUCACCCAGAAUUUUGUAAAUAACAAUGGGUUUGAAAAAAUGCGAGAGCACAUCCAAUGUGUAAUUCAAGCAUCUGGACUGAUUGAGAAGGUUAAGGAGUAUGGUAUUGAAGUAGUUAUUGGUUCAUCGGGUACUGUUCGGGCUCUUGAGAAGGCAAUUUUCUUUGGGUAUGCUCGUGAUUUGGGGGAUAAUGUGGGGGAUUGUGAGACUUACAGGAGGGAAUGGAAAUUUAGUAGUGCAGAAUUGGGGAUAUUAGUGGAGAAGUUGUGUGGUGAAGAGGGUGUAGCGGGUGGGAGGGUCAGGAGAGAAAGGUUCUUUAAGAGGAGGUCUGAAUUUAUUGUGGCGGGUGCAGUGCUGUUGAAGGAGAUAUUUGGGAUGCUUGGGAUUGAGGAAAUGGAGGUUUCUGGGUGUGCACUGGGAGAGGGAGUCAUCUCUGAGAAAUUGGCUGAGUUUUAUGGUGGGCAUGAUUUGAACACAAAUGCCCGAUGGAGGUCUGUGGUGCGGCUUGCCACUAGGUUUAAUGACAAGAUAAGGAUGAAAUCUGCAUUAGUAUGUGCCGGCAUUGCGAAGGAAAUUUUUGAAGGCUUAAGGAAAUGGAAUGAAGUUGCCAAUGACCAAUGUAAAUUUGUUGUAACCAUGGAUGAGAAAGAUCUUGAAUAUCUUGAAGCUGCUUGUUUGCUGCACAAUAUUGGGUUGUUUACUGGCAAAAAGGGUUACCAAAAGCAGUCUUACUGUAUUAUAAUGAAUGGAGAUCAUCUUCAUGGUUAUGGUGAUAAAGAAGUUAAGUUAGUGUUCAGUUAAUAGCACUACUUGCACGACAUCACAGAAAGAAAUUCCCAAAAUUUCAUAAAGCUUCUCUUGACGGAUUUACAGAAGAGACAAAGCAGAAAUUCAGAGUCCUCUGUGCAAUUAUACGUGUAUCAGUGGUCUUACAACAGUUGAACAUUCCCAAUGUUGAAUUUUUACAUUCUCGUGAAGGUUUUCAAUU